CUUGUCCUUGCAGGUUACUGAGUCAAUGAAUAUUUCUGACCCAGGUUCUGGCAUUGCUUUUGUCAGAGAAUUUAUACUCCAAGGUUUCUCUUGCGAGUGGAAGAUUCAAAUCCUGCUCUUCUCCCUCUUCACUACCACGUAUGUUCUGACCAUAACAGGGAACGGAGCCAUUGUUUGUGCCCUGUGGUGUGACCAGAGACUCUACACCCCCAUGUACAUGUUCCUGAGGAAUUUCUCCUUUCUAGAAAUGUGGUAUGUCUCUUCCACAGUCCCCAAGAUGUUGAUCAACUUUCUGUCAGAGAAAAAAAAUAUCUCCUUUGCUGGAUGCUUCCUCCAAUUCUAUUUCUUUUUCUCCUUGGGUACAUCUGAAUGUUUCCUUUUGACUGUCAUUGCUUUUGAUCGGUACCUUGCUAUCUGUCGUCCCUUGCACUACCCGAACAUCAUGACUGGGCAUCUCUGUACCAAACUGGUCAUUCUCUGCUGGGUGUGUGGGUUUCUGUGGUUCCUGACUCCCAUUGUUCUCAUGUCCCAGAUGCCCUUCUGUGGUCCAAAUAUUAUCGACCAUGUUGUGUGUGAUCCAGGGCCACUGUUUGCAUUGGCAUGUGCCUCUGCCCCAAGAACCCAACUGCUUUGCUACUCUCUUAGCUCACUAGUUAUCUUUGGUAACUUCUUCUUUAUUCUUGGAUCCUAUACUCUUGUCUUAAUAGUCGUGCUACGUAUGCCUUCAGCCACUGGGAGACAUAAGGCUUUCUCCACAUGUGGGUCUCAUUUGGCUGUCGUGUCUCUGUUCUAUGGGUCUUUGAUGGUCAUGUAUGUGAGCCCAGGACUAGGACAUUCUGCUGGGAUGCAAAAAAUAGCCACUCUCCUCUAUGCUAUGGUGACACCACUCUUCAAUCCCCUCAUCUACAGCUUCCGUAAUAAGGAGAUCAAGACAGCUCUAAAGAAAGUCUUGAGACUUCCAACAUAACCUAA